AUGGAAUCAGGCACAUCUGUGGCUAGUCCUCAUGUAUCUGGAAUUGCUGCUAUGCUAAAAUCUGUACGCCCUGAGUGGAGUCCAUCAGCUAUUAAAUCAGCAUUGAUGACCACUGCCAACCCUUGGGAUAACACGCAAAACCGAAUCAUCGCCACUGAGACCAACGAACCAGCCACGCCAUUAGGCACAGGAUCAGGGUUCGUUGAUCCAAACCGCGCACUUGAUCCAGGACUAAUAUAUGAUGCUACUCCACAGGAUUAUGUCAAUCUUCUAUGCUCCAUGAAUUUCACAGAAGAGCAAUUCAACACCAUUGCGAGAUCAUCGGCCAACCAUAACUGCUCAAAUCCAUCAGCUGAUCUCAAUUAUCCAUCAUUUAUUGCUCUAUGGGAGUUUGACUUGGAGAGGAAAAAUUACCCUUGGUUAGUUAAGAAAUUCACAAGGACUGUUACAAAUGUUGGUUCUGGUGCAUCUAAAUACACAGCAAAAGUGGAAGUGCCCAGGAAUGCCAGCAUAUCAGUAUCCCCACAAGUUUUAGCCUUUGGAAAAAAAUAUGAGAAGAAGAGCUAUACUUUGACUAUUCGAUAUAGAGGUAAUGAGAAGUUUACUGCUAAUUAUGGGUCAGUCACUUGGGUUGAAGAGAAUGGAAAUCACAUUGUAAGAAGCCCUAUUAGUGUGCAUCCAGUUAUUCAGGUUUGGGAUUCUUGA